AUGUCGCAGCCAGACAACUCCCGCGCAAUCGCUGAGCAGUUCCUGCAGCACUACUAUACCACCUUCGAGGGAGACCGCUCAGCCCUUGCUUCUCUCUACCGGGAUUUGUCCAAGCUCACCUACGAGGACGAAACUUUUGAGGGCGCGAAGAUCAUGACCAAGAUUGCUGAUAUGCCCGCGGCAAAGCGCGAAUUUGCUCGCUUCAUGUCCCAGUACUAUGAUGGCGACAAAGGCAUUCUGAUCAUGCUGCAUGGUCUCCUCGGUGACGAAGGUCUUCGGAUGAACUUCAUCCAUACCUUCAACCUGCGUCAGGACGAAGCAGGUUUCUUUGUGAGCAACGAGAUGUUCCAGCUGGUCUACAACGCCUAA